GAAUAAACAAAAGCAAGCCAGCAAAGUAAUGGCUUCGCUGUGCUUGAAUUCGCUGCCUAUGUCUCCCUCCUCCCACCCUCGGAAACUGACCGACUCUUCUUUAUCUUCUCUGUCGUCUGCUGUUGCUUUCACCAAUGGCAGCGCUGGAGAAGGAGCUGUGAAGCCGAUUGUCGUCAACGGGACUCCUCCUACGGUUGUUUCGGCUCCUGGUCGUCGGAUUAUUGCAGUUGGGGAUUUACACGGAGAUCUUGAUCAAGCAAGACGCGCACUUCAGAUUGGCGGUGUUUUGAGUUCAGAUGGGGAAGACUUAUGGACCGGUGAAGAUACGGUACUCAUUCAACUAGGAGAUGUGCUUGAUCGAGGUGAAGAUGAAAUAGCCAUCCUAUCCUUGUUGAGAUCAUUAGACAUACAAGCCAAAGCUGAAGGUGGAGCUGUUUUUCAGAUCAAUGGGAAUCAUGAGACUAUGAAUGUGGAAGGGGAUUUUAGAUACGUAGAACCUGGAGCAUUUGACGAGUGUGCUGGUUUCCUUGAAUACUUGAAUGGCAACAAAUAUGAUUGGGAAGAAGCAUUUGUUGGUUGGCAUGGUGUGUCUAAAAGAUGGAAAGGUGACCGGAAGAUGUCUGCAAAUUGGGGUCCAUGGAAUCUAGUAGAGAGACAAAAGGGGGUGAUUGCUAGAUCAGUCCUAUUUAGGCCUGGAGGUCCACUGGCAUGCGAGUUGGCACGACAUUCUGUUGUUCUCAAGGUUAAUGACUGGGUCUUUUGUCAUGGUGGCCUUCUUCCUCACCAUGUUGAAUAUGGGAUAGAGAGGAUGAACAUGGAAGUAUCUUACUGGAUGAGAGGUCUCAGCGAGACUGAUGGCAGUCCUCACAUCCCUUUUAUAGCAACAAGGGGAUAUGAUAGUGUUGUUUGGAAUCGCUUAUACUCUAGGGAUGUUUCUGAUUUGGAGGUUUAUCAAAUUGACCAGACACAAGCUAUUCUCGAAGAGACACUGCAAGUGCUAGGUGCCAAGGGGAUGGUGGUGGGCCAUACACCACAAUAUUCUGGGGCAAAUUGUGAGUACAAUUGCAGCAUAUGGCGUAUUGAUGUGGGAAUGUCCAGUGGAGUCCUUAAUUCAAGACCUGAGGUGAAAUAAAUAUAAUUCCUUUCAAAAGCUCUUCAACUGUUGGUUGUUUUCUUGUAAUGAUUUCUAGUCUCCAAGCUUCAAUACUGCCAACUGAGACAGAUUUAUAUUCGGUGAUGUUUGAUUUGAGUUCAGAAAGCCAUCAAAUGACUCAAAUUCUCUCUUGUUAACAAUGGUUAGAAUGCAAUGUUAAGAAUAAAUUUGAAGUAAUGGGAUUUUUCCUUGAUUCUGUUCACAAGGUUCUAGAAAUCAGAGAAAACAAAGCAAGAGUUCUAAGGAGCCGAAGGGACACGUUUCAUGAGCUACAGGUUGUUGAUUAUACAUAGGAACAAGCAAAUGAAUUACCCUGGGUUUUCUCACUUGACAUAUUAGAAACACCAUCAAUGCCUGUGGUGUUAAUUCUCCUGGGUCCUGGGAUUAACAUUUUCAAGAGUAAGAGAAGAUGCAAGGGAAGUUUGGGAAAUUUAAGAUGGUGAAAGCCGAGAGAUGUAAAGUCCAUGCCAUAUAUUAAGGAAAGAAAAUGGAUUUUGGAAUUCUACGUUGUAUCCAUUUAUUUUGUUUCAAAAUUUCCAGUAGAAGUACUUAUCAUUAUAUUUAUUGGUACAUUACUGAUCAUUAUAUUGAAAUUGAGUUUUAGUUAAAUCAGAUAAACAAUAUACGUAUUU